GUUCGAGGCGGCUGCUGCAGUGGUUGGGGUGUUUGGUGGGCUGUCCCUGGCCGUACGCAGACACACCCUCCCCAAGCGACACAUACCCCUCGGACACGACACCCUGCACUGCCUCCCUGGGAUAACGGUGUGAGAGGAGGUGCAAGGAGACCACCAUGGCGUACAAGGGGACCAUCUACCUAGCAGGGCGGUAUCUCCAGGAACAGGGUGCGACAGGGUGCAUGCUAGAGGUCCCUGCCGACACCCUGGUUGCCCUCUUCACCCUGCAGUAUUGCCAGAACCGCUGCCUUCAAGUGGUCCUGGUGACGGGCCGAGCGGAUGGUGACACUUGCAAGUUUCCGGUCUCUCGCGAAUGUUUGUGUUUCGGCGUUGCGGUGAAGGGCGAGGAGGAGUGCCCGGAGGUGUUGCAAUACUGUGAGCUGCCCGCCAUGAUACCCCAAGAGGAGGAGGAGGAGAAGGAGGAAGAGGAAGAGGAGGAGGAGGAGGAGGAGGAGGAGGGAAGACGAAAGCAUGAGAGGAAAGAGAAGGAAGGAAGGAAGGAGAGACAGAAUGGUCGAGAGAAAGUAAAGGAAGAGGAGGAGGAGGAGGAGGAGGAGGAUAAAGAAGGAAGGAAGGAAAUGGAAACUGGGAGAGAGAAAGUAAAGGAAGAGGAGGAGGAGGAGGAGGAAAGGGAAGGAAAGAAGGAAAGGCAGACUGGUAGAGAGAACGGAGAGGAAGAGGAAGAGGAGGAGGAGGAGGAGGAGGAAAAGAAAGGAAGGAAGGAAAGGCAGAAUGGUAGAGAGAAAGUAGAGGAAGAAGAGGAGGAAGAGAUGGAGGAGGAGGAAGAGGAAGAAGAGAAGGAGGAGGAGGAAGAAGGGACAGAAAACCCACAUAUCAGAGAGGAAGAGGAGGAAGGAAGGAAAGAAAGGGAAGAGAAAGAAGAAGAAGGGAAGAAAGAAACAGAAGAAGAACAAGAACAAGAAAAAACAAAUGAAAAUCGGAAGGAGGUGGAAAAGGGCGGCGGUGGUGGUGGUGGUCGGGGAGUUCAACCCGGUGUGGCAUGGAAGGGAGGGGACUGGUGUUGCGCUGGCUUGUGUUCCGCUCUCAGACUCGCGGUGAGACAGAUAACAGCGGAAACAACACACGAGCGGAAAACAAACACUCGAAACACUGGAAUCCGCAACUCAAACGACAACACAACGAAAACCAAGCGUAGUAUAGCCCGGAAUACAAAUGCGUGUGUUGCGAGCGGAAAUACCGACACUAACCCAGGUAAAACUCAUAGCAAUACCGCGGAGAACGGAAGUACCAACACAAAUGGAGCUGGAAACGACAAGUCUGGCACUCCCGGCAACACAGCGGUCUCAGAAAACACAGAUGAGAAGCGUAACACUGCCAGCAACACAAACAACAACACCCCACACCACGCGGCAACACUCCUAGGGUUCCGCGGCGGUUGCUUACAGGCCUGCGCAGAGGUGAGCGUUUGGACGAAAUUCUGCGAGGUCGAGGCUCCGUUGGCACUCCUGUCCUUGGCCGCGGCACCCCAUAGCAGAGGCGCGGAGGUGGAGUACCCCAAGGAGCUGCUGCGUUACGAGUGCCACCUUCGCCGCCCGCCCAUCCUCCACAACGCACUCAAACGCAAACAAAGGCACAUUCGGGAAACGGUUACGAAUAACUCCGAACGCGACGCGCUCAUCCGACGGCCACUGGCACUCCUCCCGGCACUCCACCACCAGUUCGCCGAGGGUCCGGACAUGACCUUGGCUGACCUCAUGCUGUUCCCUUGCGUCCACUUGCUCUUGACGAACUUAACCUCAUCGCAAGUUGACCUGAUAGCGACCACACCUUUAGUUUCGAUAUGGCACGGCACUAUGGCACUCGAACCGCAUAUCCAGAUGGCACUACCUGUUCUCACCGCUGCUAAGGCUCUCUAUGGCACCCCUAGGUCAGGUUCCCCCCCUAGGGUCAUAGUGCCAAGCGUUCCUGAUGUUAGUAUUUAUAAGAGCGAUCCGGAGAGAGAGAAGGUCACUCGAGGUGCGUUCACGAGGCAAGGGGAUGUGGAGGAGGUGCUGAGGGUGGUGGAAGGGGGUGGAGUGGAGUGUGGAUAUGUGCCCUGGCCUCCACAAUCCACCUCCUCCUCCUCCUCCUCCUCCUCCUCCUCUUUCUCUAUUUUAACCUAUGCAAACUCAUCCUCCUCCUCCUCCUCUCCGUCUCUGUUUCCUUACACUUCCUCCUCCUCCUCCUCCUCUUCUUCCUCCUCUGUCAUCAUCUCCUCCUCCACCUCUCCUCCUUCCUUCCUUACCUCCUCCUCCACCUCUCCUCCUUCCUUCCUUACCUCCUCCUCCACCUCCUCCUUCACCUCCAUUACCUCCAAGGCCUCCUCCUCAUCUAACUCCUCUCAUUCUCCUGCCUCCUCCUCCUCCUCCUCUUUCUCCUCCUCCUCUGGGCCGCCACUCCAUACCCUCCUCCCGGCGCUCUCCCUUGAGGGCCACAUCCCCAAGAGCCGGCUGGAGAGGAAAGUGCAGCAGGUGGAGAAUAUGUGCAGUGCCGUUCUUGCCCUUGCGAAACCAGGUGACGUUUUAGUGGACUUCUGCUCGGGGGGGGGCCAUGUCGGCAUACCCCUAGCCCAGAGCCUGCCGGAGUGCCGCGUGGUGCUGGUCGAGAACAAGGUGCCGUCGCUGGAGAGGGCGAGAGAGCGAGUGCGGUCCCUUCGGCUUAAUAAUGUGUGUUUCAUGCAGACGAACCUCGACUAUUUCCGCGGCACGUUCGACGUCGGUGUGAGUCUCCAUGCGUGUGGGGCUGCGACCGACCUCGUGCUGGGGAAGUGUGUGGCCCAGCGCGCGGCCUUCGUGGUAGCCCCGUGCUGCUACGGAAGCAUACGGCCGAACCAUAUUGUGUCAUACCCGUGUAGCAAGUCGUUCCGAAGCCUCCCUCUCACCCUAGACCAGUACCUCACCCUGGGCCAUGCCGCCGACCAGACGCACGGACAGGACAAUCCUAAAACUGAGCAGGGACAACGGUGUAUGCGGUUGGUGGACGGGGAUAGGCUGGCAGCGGUGCGGGAGGUGGGAUACAUGACUUCCCUGGCCCUCAUGCAACCACCGACCUGCUCUCCGAAGAAUCACUUACUCAUGGGAAGACCGAUGGCAUGAGCGACUUGGGAGUGUGGCGGAAGAGUUGAUUGUGGACAAGAAGUGACGUUUACGCAGUUGAAUAAGUGAGGAGACAUUGAUCCGCUCUCCGAAAACUCACUUACUCAUGGGAAGACCGAUGGACUGAGCGACUUGGGAGUGUGACGGAAGAGUUGAUUGCGGACAAGAAGUGACGUUUACGCAGUUGUAUAAGUGAGGAAACAUUGAUCCGCUCUCCGAAAACUCACUUACUCAUGGGAAAAGCGAACGGACUGAGCGACUUGGGAGUGUGACGGAAGAGUUGAUUGCAGACGAGAAGAGACGUUUAAGCAGUUGAAUAAGGUAGAAUAAGUAAAGAAAGCAAGAGAAACAUUGAUCUGUCCGCUGAAAAAUCACUCACUCAUGGGAAAUCCGACGGACUGAGCGACUUGGGAGUGUGACGGAAGAGUUGAUCGCAGAUGAGAAUUGAGAAAACGUUGACUUGGCUGAGUGGAAGUGUGACGGAAGAGUUGAUUGCAUACAAGAAUCAAAAAAAAAUUAAUCCGCUCUCCCAAGAAUCACUCAAUCGUAGGAGAAUCGACAAAUUGAGCGACUUGGGAGUGUGACGGAAGAGUUGAUCGCAAACGAGAAUUGAAAAAAAACUGAUCCGCUCUCCCAAGAAUCACGCAAUCGUAGGAGAAUCGACGAAUUGAGUGACUUGGGAGUGUGACGGAAGAGUUGAUUGCAUACAAGAAUUGAAAAAAAAUUGAUCCACUCUCCCAAGAAUCGCUCAAUCCUAGGAGAAUCGAUGAAUUGAGCGACUUGGAAGUAUGACGGGAGAGUUGAUCGCAGACAAGAAUUGACAUUUAAAAGAGGGAAUCGAGACGGAAUGAGAUUUACGUCGAGGAAGAAGUAAUUUAGACAUCCCAGAAUUGAAUCAAGAAAAUAGAAUUAGAAAAAAAAACAAGAAAAUAAAGACAAUAUAGCAAGUUAAGUUAAGCAAGUAGAGAGGACAAAAAAAAGGCUCAUAAAGUAAGCUAAGUCGAAAAUCAAUCAUGUAUGUUUUUCCUUAAAUAAAAAAAUAAAUAAAAAAUAAACAAAUAAAGUUACCCCUAAAA